GGCGGCGGAACGGCGGAAGCCGGCGGCGGGGCGGGGCGGAAGCGGGCAGAGCCGGCAUGGAGCCCGCCGAGGGGCCGGGCGCGCUGGGCUUCCACGGCGACGAGGAGAUCAUCGAGGUGGUGGAGCUGGGCCCGCCCGGGCCGGAUGACCUGGCCGACGAGAUGGAGGACGUGGACUUCGAGGAUGGCGGGGCGGAGGAGCCCGACGGCGAGGCGUGGGAGACGGAGGACGACGAGGGGGUGGAGGACGGCAUGGAGGCGCAGGACGACAGCGAGGUCACGUUCGCGCUGCACUCGGCUUCUGUGUUCUGCGUGAGCCUCGACCCCAAGACGAACACGCUGGCGGUGACGGGCGGGGAGGACGACAAGGCCUUCGUGUGGCGCCUGAGCGACGGAGAGCUCCUGUUCGAGUGCUCAGGACACAAGGACUCGGUCACCUGCGCUGGCUUCAGCCACGACUCCGUGUUCGUGGCCACGGGCGACAUGUCCGGGCUUAUCAAGGUGUGGCGGGUGGACGCCAAGGAAGAAGUGUGGUCCUUCGAGGUGGGGGACCUGGAGUGGAUGGAGUGGCACCCCCAAGCCCACGUCCUCCUGGCGGGCACGGCCGACGGCAACUCCUGGAUGUGGAAGAUUCCCAGCGGAGACUGCAAAACCUUCCAGGGCCCGGCGUGCCCGGCCACGUGUGGCAGGAUCCUGCCUGACGGGAAACGAGCCGUGGUGGGGUACGAGGACGGCACCAUGCGCAUCUGGGAUCUGAAGCAGGGAACCUCGCUGCACGUCCUGAAAGGCCAGGACGGCCACCAGGACCCCUUGACGUGCGUGGCCAGCAACCAGGACGGCAGUUUGAUCCUGACGGGCUCCGUGGACUGUCACGCCAAGCUGGUCAACUCCGCCACAGGCAAGGUGGUGUGCGUGUUCAAGAUGGAGAGCGCGGCCCCCAAGGCCCCUGCCGGCGAGGGCGAGGAGGCCGAGUCCAACUCGGUGGAGUCGCUGGGCUUCUGCAACGUGAUGCCACUGGCUGCCGUGGGCUACCUGGACGGCACGCUGGCUAUCUACGACCUUUCUACGCAGACCCUGAGGCACAAAUGCCAACAUGAGUCAGGGAUCGUGCAGUUGCUGUGGGAGGAGAGCUCGGCCGUGGUGUACACCUGCAGCCUGGACGGGGCCGUGCGGCUCUGGGACGCCCGCUCGGGGAAGAUGAUCAGCGAGUACCGGGGGCACUCUGCCGAAAUCCUCGACUUUGCCAUCAACAAGGAUGCCUCCAUUGUGGUGACGACCUCCGGCGACCACCAAGCCAAAGUGUUCUGCGUGCAGCGCCCCGACCGCUAGGGCCGCUGUGGGAGGACGGUGCCCCGGCCCUGCUGGGCGCCCUGUGUACAGCGGGACAGGGGAGAGGGGCUGCACCGCCCUUCUCCAGCGUGUGCUUCGUAAUUUUCCAGCCUGCCCCACUCUGCCCUCGCUGUCUGGGGGCUGAGGCUGGGGUUUUGUAUGAAAAUGUCUUCUAAUUGUAUAAAUUAUUUCACUUAACU